UGUUCGGUCUACCGCUACAAAGGUUAACCAAAUAUUUGCAAGCAUGGUCGUAUAAUAAUAUAACAAACCAAAAAUUUACUUAUCUCUAGCUCUUUAAUAUUUCAUAAGGCACGUUAAGCCGUUGAUGCCAAUUAAAUAUGUAUUGCUAUUCUAUUAUAUAACAGCGCCAAAUGCGAUGUCAAACACAACGUUGUUAUGUCAAUGGACCUUUAUUAUCUUUUGAAGUAGGUUUUAUUUCAAUAAACCUCUAUGAUUUAUUACCUACUUCAAAAGAUAAUAAAGGUUUAUUUAACUGAAGUUAUAUAACGUGAUAGCGCUGCCUUCGAAGAUGAGUUCGAGAUUGUUUUGUGAACAGAAUAGCAUGUAUAAUCCAGUCGGCCGAACAAAAAGAAUUUCAUACAAUGACCCGAAGGCCUACUCUGUUUCUCCGAAAAAUGAAAAUUCGUCCAUUUUUCAAACCCUAAUACGACUCUAAAGGAACAAAUUUUUCAAUAAUCAAUAACGAAACGGAGGUAGCACCCUAACACUGCUUCUGAUGCACAGAUAAUAUUAAUGCAUAUGAUUUUAAAGAAAUUGUAAGAACGGUUCGUAAUUUUUGUAAUUUUCGUUCGUAGACAAGCAGAUUAAGACCCUCAGGUAUUAUAUAUCCCUUUACUUCUGCGCAAUCAUAUAGCUAUUGCACCCGCAUAGAUUCAUGUAGCUAAUUUUGUCAUAGUAAACAAAAAAUGUUUACGAUAUCCAUCAGUAGUCACAAAGAUACGUACGGAAUCAUAUCUGUUUGACGACCGGACUUACAAACGUUAACGCCCACCAGUCCGCACCGAGCCCACAUGAUUGUUUACCGUUCUCCCUAUGCGAUUAUAUCUACAGUGGGAGCUUGAGAUAUAAAUAGGCUGAUGAUGCUAGAAUUUGUUUGUUCAAAGGAGCCGAGAUGCCAGUCAACAAGUUGUCCGUACGUGGGUUACUCCCCGACACAGAUUAUUAUAUGACGUACGACGGUUCCACUACAGCGCCGGCGUGCUUCGAAACGGUCACGUGGAUUAUCAUCAACAAACCCAUAUAUAUCACUAAGCAGCAGGUAAUUUUAUUCAUUAUUCACUUUACUCAUCUUAAAUGGAUAUAAUAUACAUUGACAAGAACUUUUUUACAGGCGAUUUAAUUUCUGUGGUCUAAAAAAAUACCUCGAAAUUUAAGAUUGCGUCUUAAAUUUUUAACUAUCACAUAACUUUCAGGGAUAAGUCAUUUAAUAUUAUAUACAAAUUUUCCCACGGAUCAUCGUCGUACAAGUUGAGUCUAGUAUGUCAACUUCAAUUUUACUUUUAAAAUUGUUAUUCGAACAUUCAAUAAAAUAUUUUAAAAGAUUUGUGAGAGAACCUCUUCCAUUUUUGAAGGCAAUUGAAACGUAAAUGCGACUUAGCCCGUGUACAUUAUUUUUCCAUGUAUGAUGAAAGUCCCGUAGUUGAAAGAUUUUUAAAUAGUUUAGACUUUAAGCUUUAAUAUAUGUUAUAAAUUUGAAUCUCCGUAUAGGUAAUAUAGCAUUAAACUAAUGGCAAUUUUAAUGAAAGUUUGUGCAACUGGCUGAUAAUAUUUUUUUAAGAAACGCAUUCAGUAAAAUUAAAUUUAAAUACUUAUUCUGUCCUUAAUUGUUUUGAAUAAGUUCGUCCGCCUUUUCGAUUACAAGCAUUCCUUCAUUCUAAAUCUUUGCCACAGAGUUAGUAUAAAUUGAUAAGAUAACUCUUAAUAUUAAGGCUUUACCUUGUCUAAACUAUCUAUACUGAGUUUGUGAUGAGAAAGCGAAACUUGUAAAAUAUUUUUAUUUUUUCGAUAAAAUUGGCUAUCUGUC